AUGCCGAAAUCUCAACCCUUAUCAUCUGUAUCCUACGUCAAUGCCGUCAAAAUGAGAGAACAAGAACUCACACGCCAUAUCAACACUUUCCGAGCCUCCCACCCACAACGUAUCAAGAGGAACAGACCGACUGUAUCAUGCUCCACCUGCCGUGCGCGUAAGCAAAAAUGCGACAGGCAGCAGCCUUGCAGUGGAUGCCAGAGACGCGGUUUGGAAGAAUCAUGCCAUUUUGAAUCUUUCUCAAAGCCAGCAAAGUCGACUUCGGCUGAGGAUGGCAAGACACGUGUUCAGGGUGAACUUGGGCAAAUGCGGACUGUGUUGCAACAUCUCCUGAGCCACCCCUCCCAAGACCAAUCAACGGAUUGUGCCAAACAGCUCCUUGACAGCAUAGAUCAAAUAAAGAAUACUGUCAGCGAUGAUUCGUGUCGAGAAGCUGCACAAGUACCACCUGCGAGUCAGCCCCCAGACAUCAUAUUCGGUACUGUGGCUGUGGUUUCCCUGCAAGAUAUCUUGACAGCCGUACCGUCUCGCCAAGUUUCAGAUAAAAUAGUGUCAACGUACUUCAACGCCAAACACGUCGUAGUUCCGUUCAUCCAUACGCACCAAUUCCGGAGACAGUAUGAAGAAUUCUGGAAAGAUCCGGCUUCGAGCGACCACCUUUGGCUAAGCAUAAUGUUUUCUAUCAUGGCUAUUGGUGCUACUGUUUCCAGAACAAACACACCAUUCUCAGGCACCCAAGCUUCAUUGGAAUAUAUCAGUAUGUCAGCAAGGUGUCUCGUCUCUGGACAGUAUCACAGAGCUGUGGAAUUCUCAGUCGAAGCUUUGACUCUCCAUCUUCAUUCUCGAUGCUUCCAACCAAAAAGCCAAGAUAUCAAUCUGUCUCAAUUACAUGCCUUGUCCGUUCGACUUGCACAUCAAAGAUUCUACCAUUGCGAGAUGAACCAAUUUCUUCAACUGGUAACUCCUUUCGAGGCCGAAAUGAGACGCCGUGUGUGGUACCUCAUCCAGUAUUACGAUAUGUUAUUUUCUCUCGAGUAUGGGCUGCCUCCACUUAUUCACGAAGAAACGUACUCCACUGGCCAUCCCACCGACGUGCAGGAUGACGACUUCGAUGAGGAUUCAACAAUAGUACUGCCUAGAUCUACCACAGAGACCCAGCCAUCCCUGCCUUGCGUGUCCAUGUCGCAAGUUUUACCCAUCUUACGUCGAAUCAUAUGUCAUGCCUUGGGCUUCAACACCUGCAGCUAUCAGGAUGCAAUGCUUAUCAAAUCACAGCUGGACGCCUGGUACCAGUCUAUCCCGCCUUCUCUUCGUAUCAGGUCGAUCCAGAAUACCGCUUUCACUGAUUCUAAUCAUAUUGUCAUGCAAAGAGUCUUAUUCGAGCUCAUAUACACCACGAGCAUCGCACUCUUAUAUCGUCCGUUCUUGAAUUCAUUGACCUACAGUGACUACGAGUUUCAGACAGCCCUUGACAUCUGUCGUAAGAAUGCUGUUAGAUCUGUGGGAGUCUAUAUACAGGUUGAUCGUGAGAUGCAGGAGGGCGGAAGACUAAAUGGUGAUCAACAAAUUGCCUCAAGCCUGUCUGUAAAUGACUUCUUGAUAUCGACCACUCUUGGCCCCCUUGAGUUUUUUGACUGUGUCGACUUGCCCAGUACAGUUGUGGUCAGCAAGACCAUGCGUCUCAGCACAUGCACUUGA